AUGAUACGCACUCCAAGUACGCCGACAGCUCAACGAUCAUCACCAGCAUCAGCAGCGUCGACUGGAAAGUCGGGGUUUGGGGAGCCACAACCCUCUACACCGCAGACUGGAACUUGGAAACACCCAAAAUUCGAUGAAAUUGCAAGACGACAGAAUGCGGCCACUUUUACAGACCAAAACAUGCGACGGCUCUUAUGGAAUGGUGCAGGGUUCAUUGUGAUAUGGUACCUUGGUCGAACGCUUUGGGGGACAUUUCCUGGUUAUUUCUUUGGUGAAGGAUUAUUCCCAACGAUUGCGUCAUGGAGUUUUCGAGUGAUGGAGUUUUGCCUUAUUUUUAACAUCGUUGUCGCACUUCGCCCAUUCUAUGCAAAACGAGACGAUAUGGAAGAUAUCCCUCUGACACCUGCGCAACGGAAAUUGCUUGGAUUGAAACCUAGUUCCAGACCGGCUACUCCAGGGUCGGAAUAUGUAACUCCUCCAAGAUAUAGGAGGACGUCAACACCCUUGAGCAGCUCACCUGCAAAUCGAAGAGGAAGCCCGGCUUCGGGAAGUCCUUCCGGAAAACGAUCUCAGAGCCCGCACGCCCAAGAUGGUCUGGAGAGCUUGGCGCAAUUAAGGAUGGGAGCUUCCGACUCGAAAUUAGUAUUUAAGAAGGGCAUCUUCAGGCUUUCAGAGGACAAGGUUAUUCCUGCCGAUGACCCAUAUUGGGCUUCUUUUUGGGAGCUACCAGAAUCUACAGAAGAUAUCUUCAGUCUCUUCUCUCCUGCAGACAUUCGAAGAACUCGCGAUACCGCAUUAGAAAACUUAGAGACUCUGAUAUUAGCCAUAACAAGUCGAUUAUUCGUUCUCCGACAUCACCCCUCAUUCCCUCAUCCGGAGUUUGCUCCGGAAAGAGAUGCAUUGAAUUGCAUUCGGAUUCUCACACGCAUUCUACCAUACAUAUACGAAGCCGAGAAACUACAAUCAUGGGAAGAGACAUUCUUUUGGGGUUCAAGGAGGAAACGGACACGCAAGGCAGCUCUUGCCCGAGACGUGAUAUUCGAUGAGUCCCAGGAAGAGUUACAAAAGCUUGAAGCUGCGGCGCAAGAAUUCGAGGAGAUUAAACCCUUGGCAGAAGAAUUGAUCGACACAUUGAUCGAUUUGCUCUUCUUCGCGGACUUUACCCUCCCAAAACCACAAAAUAGUAAGAACAAAGUAUCGUAUGCUAUAUGGCAAAGCGGAGUAGGAUGCAAUACGCCAGUCGGGACGAGCAAAGAAUUUGAGAAUAACCGCACCGAGAUACUGAGGUUGCUCUUGACUUUGACUAGUCAGAGCAUGUACAUGUCAGCGAACUUACUUCCCGUACAAGGUGUGAAGGCUAUCACAUAUAUCGCUACUUGUCCGGAUAAACAGGUUGUGCUAUCUGUGUUGUGCUCUUUACUGAACACUACCUUGAAAUACAACCCUGCAAAAUGGCAAGUACCAUACAAUGUACAAGUUUUCAAAGACCCGAAACAGAUACUAGUCACAUAUGCAUUGCAGCCCAAACUAAGAAAAGUAGGAUUUGGUUUCUUUCUACUUGAUGCAUCGAAGCAAGGAGUUGUACGAAUGUGUAUUUUCAUAUUACAGACCUUGAGUGUGGAGCCGAACUUCGGCAAGAAUUUAAACAAGCGAUUUGAAGCCCAAGAUACUUUGCCACCGAGUAUCAGACUUCAGUCAUUCAACGGAACAUAUGCCGAUUUCCUUAUCCAUUCCAUCUAUAACAUAAUAACAACAAGCCAAGGAAAACUCACAGCCAUCUAUCCUGCUUUACUAGCAGUAAUAAACAACAUCGCUGCUUAUCUAGAAAACAUUAGCGCUUCCACAUCUUCAAAACUCCUGCAACUAUUUGCAUCAAUGUCAUCCCCCGGAUUCCUGCUAUCAAACGAGAGUAAUCAUGAUCUUCUUCAGUCUCUUCUAGAAAGUAUGAAUGCUAUCAUUGAGCAUCAGUUUCCUACUUUACGGCACUUUACUUUGGAAAGUGGCCAAGAAGAGAUAGAAAGAAGAAACAGGCGAAAGAAAGAACGUCUAGCAGAAUCAGGGGAUGUAGAUAGUAGAAGAGGCUCUGCGGACAGUAUUCGAAGCCCAUCUAUAAAUCACCAACGAGGGCCUUCGGCACUUAGUAAUGUCCCAGAGGAGGACACAUUUGCCAUUGGGGAUGAUGAUGAUGAGGAUAGUGACGGUGAAGGACGUCCCACCCCAGCAGCGUCGACUCCCACAGAACACCCUUCAAGGGCUUCGUCGAUAUCCUCGAGCAUUGACGAUACAGUUCCGACGCAACUGCGGGGAAUGUCAGAAAAAGCGAGAGGGAAAAUGCCUGCUGGCAUGCCCACAUUUUCCAGACACAAUAGCACAACAAGUUUAAGUAGCUACGCAGUAUUUUCAUCAAGUGGCGCAUUUGAGCCUACGUCUCAGUGGAUAGAGACCUGGCUUCCCGAACUCCCACUCCAUACAAUCUUAACUUUAAUCGAUCAAAUUGAUCAACUCCUCUCGAAUCCUAACAAUCCUUCCGAUAUUCCUCCAAGUAAUGUCCUCCGCACGAUCCAAAAAGCCGAAAUAAGAGGAAUAGAAACCACACCUAUUCGCAUUCAUUCCUUUGAGUGGACACCUUUAUCGCUUGGUUGGUACGAAUCCCUACUUUGGGCUUUCGUCUUCACAUCCGAAAUGCAGGUUGCAAAAGGCACCAUAGGUGUUUGGAAUGGUACAGCAAUCAAGUUAUUCAGGGUCCAGGAAGUAGCAGCACAUGGUCCUACAUUUAGCUCCCCGAGAGGUGCAGUUGAUGCUGUGGGUAGUAAUAUUGUCAGUAGGCUUGGUAGUAUGAAUUUGAGGGGUGUAGCACAGGGCGCUACGACGCCAUCACAACAGGGAGGUGGUGGCGGGGUUGGGGGUGGUAUUGUGAGGACUGGUACGGGAGGAUCUACGAGAAAUGAAUCACCGUUGGGAGGUAGGAGUGCGAUUAUUUGA